GUUGAGGGAGUGAAGAAGAGCUGGCGGAGAGACCGUAGCUCCGGUGACCUUCACCCUCCUGGACAGAGGCUCCUUCCAGGGGCUGGGUGGUGGAGGACGGGGGGGUUGGGUGACCUUAGCGAACCCUGCGAGAAACAAAAUGUUUUCGGAAGUAGCUUCCGCUCCCUCACAAGUCCCCGACACGUCCUUUCGUCCGGUCCCGGUCUCUCCCGGCCACCGCUCCCACGCCCUGCCCAGCUCCGGCUCGAUGGCAAGGGGCGGCUCCUGGCGGUGGACUACAUUUCCCAGGAAGCCCCGCGGCCGAAGCGGCGCUCCGGCAACGAAGCCCUGCCCCGGGGAACGCUGGGAGUCGUAGUCCCUCGGCUCCAGUUCCUGCCACUCGGCAAUUUAAUUCUCUGCAACUGGGGCUGCGUGGAUGGAUCGCCCCGGGGUGGGAUUUGGGGCGCGGGACAUGUGGGUCCCUGCGGUGGCUGGGUGGGGGUGCAGAAGGGAGGUGUAGAAGGAAAGUGGAGGCGCCUGAAGGGGUGUGGCCUCAAUGGGAGCAGGGCGGGCCUCCAGGACUCCAGGUGCAGGAAGCGGCGGCGGCCACCUGGGCAGGGAGCGAACCGGGCUCUGGCAGGGAAGAUCCGACCCCGAUCCAGCUCUCCAGAAAUGACCUCUCUCCCGUCCUCACCCCCGCCCACCAUCCCCUUCCUUCUCGUUGUCUUCAUUGCCUCCACCCUCUUCCACCUCCAUGCCCGCCUUACCCAGAUCCCCAGACCCCUGCCCGCAAAGUACGAUACCCUGGGAGCCCAACCCACGGUACCCCAAAACACCCCUGGGGCUCACCCCACGGUACCCCAAAACACCCUUGGGGCCCACUCCAUCAGCACCGUGGCUCGCCGUGACCCCGGUGCCUGGACGGUCAAUACAAUCGGCCGCCUGGGGAACCAGAUGGGGGAGUACGCUACGCUGUACGCGCUGGCAAAGAUGAACGGCAGGGCAGCCUACAUCUCCCCCGAGAUGCACAGGACCCUGUCCCGGCUCUUCCGGAUCACUCUGCCCAUCCUCUCUGCCUCCGAGACCCGCCGCAUCCCGUGGCGGAACAUCCCCCUGCACGACUGGAUGUCGGACGACUACCGGACCAUCUCCAGCCCCUUCGUGCGGCUCACCGGCUACCCCUGCUCCUGGACCUUCUACCAUCACCUGCGGGCCGAGAUCGCCCGGGAAUUUUCCCUCCAUGACCACGUCCGGGAGGAAGCCCAAACGUUCCUGCGACGUGUGGGGCGGGAGCGGGCGGGAGAAGGGCGGAACCUCACAUUCAUCGGCGUCCACGUCCGCCGCGGGGACUACGUGCAUGUGAUGCCGCAGGUGUGGAAGGGCGUAGUGGCGGAUCGGGGCUACCUGGAGAAGGCGCUGGGCUACUUCCGCGACCGCUACCCCAACCCCUUGUUCGUGGUGACCAGCAACGGCAUGGCCUGGUGCCGGGAGAACAUCAACGCGUCACGGGGGGACGUCAUCUUUGCGGGGGAUGGAGCCGAGGGCUCCCCGGGCCGGGACUUUGCGCUUUUGACGCAGUGCAACCACACAGUCAUGACCAUUGGGACCUUCGGGAUCUGGGCCGGCUACCUGGCCGGUGGCGAGACUGUGUAUCUGGCAAAUUACACCCUCCCGGACUCCCCCUUCCUCAAGAUUUUCAAGCCCGAGGCAGCGUUCCUGCCCGAGUGGGUGGGGAUUCCUGCCGACUUGUCACCCCUGCUGCAUGGGUGACAGUGGGGGGCAACCAAGGACUCCAUCGCCCACCUCUCCCUCCCUUAUCCCCACCCGAGGCAGCCGGAAACUGAAUGCCACCUGACAAUAAAGGAGCCCGCAGGCCUCAUUCUA